CUUAAAGUGACGUUUGAUUCUCUCAAUUAUUUCUUCUUUAACGCUCGUUUUAAUUUAUUACUUUUAAGAUAUUCAACAUUCAAGACCCUUAAAACCACAUCAAAUACAAAGAAAACAAAACCAUUUCCAAAAAAAAAAAAGAGCAUGAGAAACAAGGGACAAAAACAGAACAAGUUCUUGAGAAUAAUCUCAGCACCUUUAAGAGCUUUAGGCAAGGCUCGUGACUUCUACGUGAGAAGCAUCACCGGUUGCUCAGCUCGGACUCACUAUUCAUCCGCAGCCUCCGUCUCCACUCCUUUUCCAAGAAGCCGGAGCUCAUCCUCCGCCGCCUUCUCCUCCUCCGCAUCUACCCGGAGAACAACUGAUUUUGGGAUUGACGAUGAUUAUAGCGAGCUAGUGAGAGCUGCUUCGGUUAGGAGCUUAGGGCACCAGAAUGAGAUCGACAUGUUUUUACACGAGAAGUUGCAACAAGAGAAGCUGAGGCAAAGAGGCUUGCCGAAGAGCUCGAGCGUGGGGAUGGCGAAGAUAGAGGAAGAGGAUGAAGCAGAGGAAGGAUCUGUGAAUCCCAAGAUGGCAAAGAAAGUUUCUGAUCUCAAGUAUCCUCGUAGCAAAUCAUAUGCUGUUACUGGUAGCCCUAAAUUUUAGUUUUAUAUUUCCUCUGUUUCUCCUUUUCAUUGAGAUAGAUUUUUAAAAAAGAAGUUUGUUUCACAAA